CUGACCCGGGGGGGGAUGGGCACCGCCUCCAAAUCCAGCAGCCAAAUCUGCACCUCCCGGGGCACCAGAAUCAGAACUGCCCUUCUGCUCACGAGUAAACUCCAUAAGGUGGAGAUGGGAGGAAGAGUGUGGUUGGUGACACUGCUGUUGGCAGGAAGUUGGGGCUUCGCCCUGUGCCAGUCAGACGUGUGUUUGGCACCAGAUGGCAGAGAUGGGGUUCCUGGGACGCCCGGGCGAGAUGGGCGAGAGGGUGAGAAAGGAGAGAGAGGGCACCCAGGGGCGCCUGGGAGGAACUUGGGGCUCACAGAAAACAAAGGGGAGACUGGCAAUCCUGGGGCAUCUGGUGGACCUGGGCCAAUUGGAUAUAAAGGUCCACAAGGGCCCCCAGGACCUCCAGGAGAAAUGGGGCCAAAGGGAGCAAAGGGUCCAAUGGCCGACACAGCCAAUCAGAGGCGCCCGGCCUUCUCUGCCUCCAACCCCCAAAUCAAGGGCAACUUGGUUCUGUUCAGUCGGCCGAUAACCAACGUGGAAACUUCCUACAAAACCGACACGGGCAAGUUUGUGUGUUCCGACCCGGGAUAUUAUUACUUCACCUUCCAGGUCAUGUCCAGUGGGGACCUGUGUCUCUAUAUCGUCAAGAAUGGGGGCCGACUCCUCGGGUUCUGCGAUACCAGCGCCAAGGCCCCACAGCACCAAGUCAACUCAGGGGGCACCGUCCUUAAUCUGAGGAACAAGGAUGAGGUUUGGAUCGAAACCGACGCACAGAAAAAGAACAUUGCGACUACUGCUGACAUCACCAGUGUGUUCAGUGGCUUCUUGCUCUUCCCCCACUAAUAAUUCAGUAGUCACAACCUACAGUGACUGAUGUAUCAUUCCUGCCCACAAUGACUGCUACAGAGUAGGUCCACUUGGUAUGAAAUGCGCCCAUUUGUAUUAGAUACACCUACUCCCACCUACUUAUUCUGGUACAGAGCUCUGAGUCCCUGUCUGACCAUGGGAAAGAGAACAGCCCAGGAGCAGGAAGUACAGAGAAUUAGAGCUCUGUACCUGGGUAAGUACUGGGGGAGAUUGGAUUCACUUACCCAGGGGGAGGUUCCUGUCUGACCAUGGGAAAGAGAACAGCCCAGGAGCAGGAAUUAUACAGA